AUGGACGACCGGGAAAAGGAAAGCGAUAUAGAGGUUCUUGAUACUGCGCCAAAAAGUCCACCCACUCCGCCUGUAACCGACGAGCGUGAUAACGAUCCACCAGACAUUGCAAGUCUUGGGGAGAAAUUAUUCCAGACCAGCAUAGACUUGCAAGAGAGUACUUCUGCUACUCCUCGCACACCAUACACGUAUCCGGAAGCGAUUUUGCAACAAACUGAUAAUGCUAACAGAUACUACUUCCAGUUCCAAUCUUUCCAGAGACAGUUUAUACAGGAAGAUCAAGACUCACUUAACAAGUCAAUGCGAUGGUCACUGAAGUCCAAAAUUCAGCAGACCCUGAAGAAAAUCAUCGAAGAUUGGCUAAUUUCAGAGCAAAAGGGGAGAACCAUCGAAACUGAGAACGAAGUAAAGAAAGUCCUGCCUGCCAAUACCUUGUUCAGCUGGAGCUCUGGUGACAGUUACAUACAAGAACGUAGAAGACAAAUCGAGGAAAGGAAAAGGAAAAGUAAGCAUGCGGCAGCCGCUGCCAACGGCACAACUACAAAGACGGUCAAUGAGAAGAAGCCAGAAAACGACAAAGAGCUCACAUCGAAAACAGUCAAGAAGAAAGCUGCCCCUAAGGAAUCUAUUGCUUCCAAGCUCAAUAGGACCAUCGAGGCCGAGUCAAACAAAUUCAUACAUGCCAGAAUUCAAAAGAUUAAGGCACAUCAUAAUGAGCAGAUAUCGAAAAAGAUCCACGAAAGGAAACGUAAAGAUCAUGAGAAUCAUCUUAUGCGUCUCAAGUUAAAAGAAGAGGAGUACGAAAAGGGCUUGCUUUUGAAUGCCAACCUGAAGCAAGGGGGAGGGUUCUUUGGAACCAUAUUUGGGUUUAACAAUACCCCAAGUGGAAGUAAAAAGGAAAUUCCAGAAGGCUCAGAGAUAAUUGGUACAAGUUCAAUAACUGAGAAAACAAAUUCAAGGCCUUCUACCCCUGUCGACUUAGCCUUUGAAACAUCGACCCCGAUGUCUACGUCUUCCACCACUUCAACAGCUACUUCGACUGUUCCUGAAUCUAAGGUCUCUUCUGGCUCUAUUUCAAAGAAUAAAAGAUUUUCUUUUCUACCGAAGGGAACAAUGUGGAACUCUGAUGGGAAUCAGAACCUGAAAAGAGGAAAUGAACCAGCCCAGGCAGUUGAACUGUUUGAUGACACCGUAUUUGACCAAGAGGUGGAACAUGAGGAACAUCAAGCACGUAUUAGCGAAUCUAUAAGGAAAUCGCACACAAAUUCCCCCACCAUAGGAUCUGGCGUUCUCACCCCUACCGUUCUCACACCGACGAGGAAAGGGUUUGAUAUUGGUGGCUCAAAUACUGGAGCUCCCAUAGUCAAUCAAGAAGUUAAAUUCAUAGCGAACAGUAACAAUGAUUAUACUAAUGGUAAUAGCAAUGACAAUGAUGAUGAUGAUGACGAUGACUUUUCAGAUUUUACAUCGUCCGUGCCACUGCCAGUUCCGCAGUCAACUAGUCAAAUGCCGCUGGUAGCUCCUUCCAAUAACAGGUUCAUGGCUGUGCAUACAACCAAUAUCAAUCGGGACUUGCUUGAUUUAUUUGGCAAUGAUCAUCAACAGCAGCAUCAACAACAGCAACAGACUGCGCAUCAAGCACAAAAGAAUGCACAGGUUGAAGAUCUACUUUCAUUAUAA